AUGAGUCCCUAUAUCACUAACCGCUAUAAGCCGACAUGGGGUGACGAUGCGGAUGAGUGGCACCCCCGCCGCUGGUUGGAAGGCGAACCGUCGCAUAUCAGAAAGUUUGAAGCUAGCCUGCUUAGUUUCGGGGCGGGAACACGAGGUUGUUUGGGCCAGCACGUCGCCCUUUUUAAAAUCAAGAAGUUUGUCACAGCACUCUUCAUGAACUACGAUAUCGAUCUUGUCGAGCCUCGAGCGAAGUCCAAUCCGUACUUCUGGGUCGUAUACCCAGAGAGCGUGAGAGCGACAGUUAGAAAAUGCGAACUCAGACAAUAG